UUGUUUACGUUUUGCCCGGUCGUUUCUCGUUAUCGCUGUUCGCGCGUAAUAAUCGUGAUUCGUGAAAUGCAUUUAUGCAAGUCAAGCCAUGGAAGUAAGUGAUCACAUAAAAAGUAUCUGGGAAAAGCUUUUAAAUGUGAACGAAGUAACUUUCACCCGUGACUGUGAUGAUGAUUUCCAAGGAAUAUUUCUACUUCUCCAAGUGUUUGGUUCGUGUUUACAACGAUUUGCUGAUCGGUGUCGUGUUGCUGAAAAUUCGUUGCUCACUGUUGCCAAAGAACGCUCUCUUCUUGACACAAAGUGUUCUGAAUUACAAAGAGCUCUAUUGAGUGAGAAGGCAAAGAAAUGUUCUCAAUGCUCGGACCUUCAAUUGCAGGUGGCUUCCCUCAAAGAAGAGCUAGCAGAAAAAACAAAACCUUGCUCUCAAUGUAAACAACUGCAUAUUAAACUCAGGAACAAUAAAAAAUUUUAUCAAGAGAAACAAGAAAAAUGGAGACGUGCCUUUAACAAUUUCCUUGAAUCUCGUCUUUUCUCUGAAGAAAAAUGCAACACUGCCAUGAGCUAUGUGUCUCAAAUGAUACCAUUUGACGAAGAUGAAGCUGAAGAUAGCAUUGAUAGCAAAAGCGUUCUCCAACAAAAGGCUACUGUUGAUACACCGAAACGAAAGUCUCCUUGUUCUGACGUAGAAUUGAAUCCUGGGAGUAGGAAGCGUAAAUCUCCCUGCGUUGAGACAGGAGAAUCAAUGGAACCGCCUGUGUCCCAUCUGCCGCAAAAAACUGCUGAAACAAAAGGAAGAAACGAAGAAGAUUCAAAAUUCACAAGUAAACCUUCCAGUAGCAAGAAGGCGCCGGUGAAGAAACCUGAAGUUAAAAUAGAGCCACAAGGUCUGAAUAAAUAUAAUAUUAUCGUGCCCGAAACACUGCCCAGUGAGCCAAUCUGUCCAGUUGUGGAGAAGAAAAGAAUUAUUAUUCCUGAGACUUUAUAUCCAGAAGAUGAUUUUGUGGAACCGAUGUCUGAGGAGCAUAAAACACCCAAAAAAGAGCCAACAAACGGUGAAGAAGAUAACAGCCCUGUUCUGAGUGUAUCAAAAAAACCUGGAAAACCAUUGAUCAGUGCACCGGCUGAGGAACUCAAAGUCAAAGAAGAAGAGCUCGAAACUGUAGAGAACGAGCAAAUAUCUCCGUUAACAGCUCAUCCUAAAAGUCCCUCAGUGCUGGCCGUCGAAGAAAAUCCAUCAAUUCACCCUCUUCUUGAAUCCAAAGAUCGAAAAGUGUUGGAUGAGUUCUUUGAUGAAAUCGACAAAAAUGCUGGUAACUCGAGGAGAAGCAAGACUUAUAGCAAAGACAACUCAAAAGUCUCGAGCACUGAAAAGUCUAAGGCUAAAACUGAUAUGAUAACUCCUCAGAAAAAGUUAGCACUUGGAGAACAAAGCAGCACUGAAAAGUCUAAGGCUAAAAGUGAUAUUAUAACUCCUCAGAAAAAAUUAGCACUCGGAGAAAAAAAUGUCUGGUCUUUACACAAGCCUCCUGGUUUUGAUCAAAAGAAAAAAGAGGAAAAAAUCUGCCCCAAGAAAAUGAAGCAAACAACUUUAUCUGUUGUCACAGUACCUAAGAAUCAGGACGUUUCGCAUAAUGAUAGUUUCAAUGGUGGCGUACUGGCUGAAGUUAUGAAUGAUGAAAACGAUGACUCUGAUGAUAGUGAGUGUUUGAUUCUACCAAGUCCAAAGAAUGACACUCGCAACUCGUCUAGAUGUGAAAGCAAAAAAUUGAAAGCUGAAAGCAUUGUCAUCGAGCAGAGAACUGGAACAUUAGCAAGUCUUGAAGAGACUUAUUAUUUUGCGCCGCCCAUUACAAGCACAUGUCUCUCUCUCUCAAGACGGAACAAGCCUGAAAAUGAGGAGAAAUCAGAACAAAAACCUGGGAAAGACAGGAGCAAGAUUCAGAAUUUAGACACAAGUUUUGACCAUGUACCCAGAAAAACCAAUAGUCCAACAUACAAGUACAAAGAGGACCCGGUCAGAAAGAGAGAUGAGAGACAACAACUACCUGGUUGGGAUUGUGACGAUUGUGCCAAGUAUUAUGCUAUGGGUGUCAGAAAUGGUGAAGAUCCACAGGAGCUUAUGAAUAAAUGUUCACGUCAUCGCAGCAAAUAUAAGGAUCUCAAUGUAACAGUUAAAGGAUUUUGGGAUCCAUGCAUACCGGAGUCUCCAAGUGAUGAAACCUGAUUGUGGCCUCAGUAGAAAAUUAAGCCUUGCUGUGAACAGUGGUAACAGAGCAUCAAAUGCCUUUUCGGUCCCUCUAGUCUGUCGAUCAUCCUCUUGCACUAUCUGUCUUUUUCUGUCUUUUUAAAUUUGUUUUCCUCUUUCGUUCCCAUAAUGAAGUUUUAGUUCAAUUUUUUUGAAAAAAUGUUAGCAGUUUGGAUUUUUGCAGGGAGCAAUUCCAACUACCAUGUCCUAUUAAUUUCAAAGUAGAAGUGAUCCAAGUUCCACUGUGUAAUCAAGACUGUCAUAAAAAAUUAAAUUUAGUGUCCAUCUUGAUAUCAAGGUGUGUAUGUAUAAGUCAACCAAACUUAUGAAAUUGAGGCAACAUUUUUUCUUUCACUUUACAGUUGCUUUGAAGUUCUAUUUUUUUGUGUUCAACACUUGUCAUGCAAUAUUUUGCCUGUAUAUUUGAAGAAAAGUUUAGAAGCCUAAUCAAUUAAUUUUUGCCAUCGCUCAGUUCUGUAAAAAGUAUGCAUUCCUCUAAUCUCAGGUAGAACGCCUCUCUGUACUGAUGGGAGUUUAUCAAACAGCUUUGAGAUUGAUCAGGUAAAUUACUUUGACUGCUGUAGUUUUUCAGUCUUUAAUUGAUUUAAAAAAAAUUUUAUGAAAAGGAAAGGCUGAAAUCCUGUUAAAUACCUUGAUGUAAUUGUGGUUUUUGUCGAACCAUAAUUGGUUGAGUUAUGGUAAUAUACUCAUGAUGUAUUCUGAAAUGUCUGUUUAGCUUGAGAAAGUAAGUUCCUUAGGAUGUUUGUAGGAUUUUCAUGUACAUAUUAUCAUCAAAAAACCUAACAAAUCAAAGUUUCUCACACUAGAAACUUGGACUAAUAUAAUUUUCCUGUUGAUCUGUGCAAUUUUCCCAGCAAUAAUUUAGCCUCUAUUCCGAAAUCUUGUUCAACUUAAUAAGUGUUGGUGCUGAAAGUAUUUUUCAUCUUCUUCAUCAAGUUGAACGGUAUUUUUGGAAGAACAAUUCUUUUGGCUGAAUCAUUGCUGGAAGCAUCGUACAGAACAACAAGAAAAGUAUAUUAAGCAAUGUUUGCGGCUUGACAAACCUUUGGCUUUCCUUUUUGUCAUGAAUAUUAAAGGGAAACCCUGAGAAGUAUCUCUCAAGCCUUUCUCUUUGAAGUUGGACAGAACUUUUUAGAACACAUGGUAAAGGAUUGGAUGUGACUCAGCCAAUUUUUGUUUUUUGUAGAAAAAAAUUGCUGUUACACACGUAUUCUAGGGAUGAGUUCAAUUGUUUUCUUGUCUAAAGAAUCUACAAAUCAAGAAACUAACAAAUCCUCAGCAUAGAGUAAUUUAUCUUUCUUUUCCCUCAAAGCAUAUUCUACAUAAGCUGUGACAUAUUAAUGAUUUCUUUCCACAGUUUUUUUAAAGCCAUAUUUUUUUUUAAAUCUUUUUGAUAGUUGAUUAAUUUUAUGCAACUGUCAGUACCUCGCAUUGAUCUGUUCUAUUGAUCCAUAUGAUGAAUAGGCUGUGUUUUCAUGUUAUUUAAGCAUUUAUCUCAACGUCUUAUCGUAUAAGAUAGUAAGGUAGUGCAUGUAGUAUUUCAAAAACUAAAUAUAAAAGAAAGAAAAAAAUUAAUUUAAUUUUUAUGAUGUUUCUGAUCAUGCACAUACUUUUUUCACUCCUUUCGAUUGGCUCUUUGAAAGGGCUCCUAAUUUUCUAAUCGCCACAGUAGAGUUAUUGAUAUCAUCAUUUGAUGGAAAAUCAGGCGAACAUCAGCAUCUAGUUCUGUGGUAUGGAUCUAAAUAUGUAGGAAGAUAAUGAUGUUUGAAGGCUAAAAGCUGACAAAUCCAAAAUUUUGAGAUAAACUUACCCAACAAGUUAAGUCUGAAGUAAUAAAUAGAAAAAUUCAGAAAUCAUUGAUAUAACCCUUUGUAGUAAUCAAAAUGAGCUACUAUAAUAUAUGUAUGUAGCUUGUUCUUGGAACUGCCCGGGAGCGUCUUCUCCAACCAAUUUCCAAAACAAAUUCCACCAAUUUUAUCAUUUUUGCAGUAUUUUCCUCCUUUGAAAGUGAGUCAAGGGUCUUAGAAAAUAAGGCACCUUUUCACAGAGCCUGUCACAUUAUAUUGAGGAAUUUAAAAUUUUAAUAUCUUGGUUCAAAAUCCCUUUGUGCUUGAAAAUUUUCAAGUUUGUCAGGUUUCCAUGGAUAAAAUUCGAUCACAAAGUAAUUUGAAAAAAACUUGAAAAUUAUAACUACAUCAAAACGCUUAGUCAAAAUGUCAAGUUAUUAGUGGUUUGCAUAUGACCUGUAAUUUUGGAAUCAUUUUGGACCUCAAUAAAAUCAAAUUUUGUACAUUGAUGUGUACCUGCAAACUGGAAAAUAUUUCAAGUUUUUCCUCAAUUCAUCAUAUUCCUGUUAAAUACUGUUAGCCUUAACAAGAGAGUUGGUGAUUUUUGCCAAUGUGAGUUAAAAUUCAGCGUAUAACAGAAAUUUUCAUCACAAGGAGAAAUUGCUCUUAUGAGCCCAAUUUUUCCAUGUAGAAAAAUCACCAACUCUCUUGUCCCAAGGACUCGUGUGUUUAACCAUUAUCUGUUUUAUUUUGUACGCAUUAGCCUGAAUAGUUUUUCCUUAUAUUGAUUCUGAUUGUCCCCAUACACUGUCUUGUUCUAUUUUUUUUUUUUUUUGUAGGUUUUCUUUUCCUUGUUUAGUUUUUUAUUAUGGAAGUGAUGUUGAAUUUUUAAAGGGGUCUACUUUACUUUUCUUAAUUCGUACCAUUUCAGUUUAAUUUCUAAUGAAGUUUUUCCUUUUCGAUUAUAUCAUCAAUUAUUUAUUCCACUUUUAUUCAUCUUUACUCGUAAGGCACCAAUCAUUGAAUCAACUUUUGUAAACUUAACUUAGUUAAAGCAGAGGUAUUAAUACCUCAAAUGGCGUCUUGCUACUUUGACUAAAAUCCACUUUUAAUGAUUUUGUGUUUUAUUUUGAUUAUGUAGCGAUCAUGAAGAGUUAAUGCAUACUUGAAUGGGGGAGAAGAAUUUUUCAAGUUGAAUCUUUUUAACCUAAUUUGCCAAUUUCAUUUGAGAGCAGUGGUGGGAAUAAAUUUUUUAUUGUUUUCCGACAACUUCAGUUCUUGAAGUAUCGUCAUUUUAGCAUGAUGCCAUUUGUUCAUAUUUUUAAACAGACCUCUUUUAUUUUUUUCUACCUCCUCUGCCUUUAUAGAGACCAAGCAUGAUUAAAUUUUGCUGAGGCUCUUUUAUUUCUCACCGUUUUAUCAAAACAAUUAUCAUCAAAGGUUAGCUUUUAGCAAAACAACAGCAUUUAUUUGUUAAAUUGUAAGAACUAUAAGUGCCUUGUCCAAUUUUAUUUUUACAAGAAAGUGUGCUUGAUCUCUAUUUCUCUCCACUUUUCACUACUUUUACUGCAAUUCAUAAUCUACGGGUUAAGUAUGGUUAUUUUAUAAGGGUUUGAUUGUAAGUUAAGUCUAGAAAGUAGUAGAGCAUCAGACUGAAUGCGUUGAAUCAGAACCAAGCCACACAAUAAAAUAAUGAGUGGAGAGGAGUUAUGAGCUCUAUCAGUUGCAAAUGUUCUCCUUUUCUCUAAAGUUCAGAAUGUAUAUUUUUAAUGUGAAAAUCUUGUUGAAACUGUGUUUUAAAUAUUAAGUCUUGCGGAGGAACAAAACUUAUAACCCCAUUUUCUUACUGUCAAUAUGGCUUGGUUUCUGCCUGCAGCCUGAUUGUUGAUUUUUUUUGUUUGUCGGGACGACAUAGGUGACAUAGGUUAAAAGGUGGAGCGUGAUUGGUCGGCUAUGUCUUAUUGCUGCUGUGUCGUGCUUUUGUCAGGUGGAAUGGAGGACAUUCUGUCGGAAACUUAAGACGUGCCGUUAGCUUGUCGUGAGUUAAACCCGACAUAGGCACGACAAAGCAGCGAUAAGACAUAUAGCCGACUGAUGACGCUCCACCUUUUAACAUACGUCAUCUAUGUCAUCCCAACGAACAAAAAAUUUCAACCAUCAGUCAGCAGCUGAACUUACUUCCACUGUACUCAUCAGUCUGAUGUGCCCUCAAGGUUAGCGUUGUUGCUGCUAUGAAAACUUUAACCUAUUUUUGUACCAUGUGAUCAAGUGAUAAAUACUUCUAUUCCAUUUAGACUCGAUGAACUAUACCAACAAAAUAACUGAGUAAGGUCAACCACUAUCAUGUGCACUAAGGUUUAGUUAUUGUGAUAGUUGGAAUUAUUCAUUUAUGAUACAUCUAUACACAGAAAAUUCAUCUGCGAUGGAUUUUUUGGGUGGAUUUACUGGUUUUGCCUCCGAUGAUCUAAAUAUUAUUCCUUGUCCUUCACCUCAUUUGAAUGAUUCAAUAAUUUUUCUCCCUGUAUUUAUCCAACUUCUUUAGUUUGAGUCCUCUUGUAUCUUUCUUGACGACUGUAAGAGGUCUUCUAAGUUAUCUGUGAUUUUAUAUCAACAUCUGCUUCUUUUAUAUCAAAACUUUGAGUUGCAUUUUAAAAUAAAUUGCGAAUUUGUUGAUAAAAA